AUGCUAGGCCGCUUAGAGAUGAGUAUUGAUGAGUGUAUUCAAUCAUACACCGAUCUUAUCAACUCUGUCUUUGGCGAAAAAGUGAACAAUAUCCCAGUAGACUGGUCCGGGAACAUUCGGCCCCAAUACGACAGCCAGCGAUUGAAAGCCGCCAUUGAACAUGUUAUUGAAAAAGCCGGUGCAGGCUCCGAUGACCUCAUGGACGAUGGCUCCCAUCGAAAUUGUCGAGCAUUUGUCUGUACCACAGCCAAAGAUACCUUACAAAUUACUCGACUACGAAGCUACCCCGUUCCAAACGAAGAUACCCUACGAGCGACGAUCUGCGAGGCAGCCCUCGCUACCUCCGCAGCAACCGGGUAUUUCGAGUCCGCAACAAUCGGGAACCGACAAUUCGUGGACGGCGCCUUCGGAGCCAACAAUCCAGUCGAAGAAGUCGAGGAAGAAGCAGCCGAUAUCUGGUGUACAACCAGCCGCGACUUGAAGCCAUUGGUUAAAUGUUUUCUGUCCGUUGGCACAGGGUGUCCUCUGAAAAUGCCCAUUGAUGAUAACAUGAUUAAAUUUCUCUCGAAGACUCUUGUGAGAAUGGCUACUAAACCGGAAAGCACGGAACGUCGAUUCAUGGCUCGCUGGAGUAAUGAACUCAGACAGAAGCGUAUUUUUCGCUUCAAUGUUGAGCAGGGACUGCAGGGAGUUCAUAUGACUGAGUAUCAAAAGCGGAGUUUGAUUGAGUCUGCAACGCAUGAUUAUCUGCAUCAUUCUGCGCAGAAGGAUCGGAUUCGAGAAUGUAUUUUGAAUUUGGCUGGCAAAGAGGGGAAAACGGACCUAGAGUUCGAUAUUACCAUGCGGGAACACGAAGCUCGAGCUGUCAGGAUGCAAGUCCUUAAGAAUGCGCAGUCGGGUAAUGGCUCAUUCCUACCUCAAAGAUCCCCAUGCUGGGUCGUCCCUUUUGAGCGAAACCCGAGGUUUGUCGACCGGGAACUCCUCAGAAAAAUCAAACGAAAGCUAUUCGCCCAUGACCAUUCGGAAAGAACUGGCAUCUUCGGCCUGGGCGGUGUGGGCAAAUCUCAGAUUGCUCUUGAGCUGGCCUAUCAAACGAGAGAGAUGUACCCGGAUUGUACUGUUAUCUGGCUUCCAGCAGUCGACAUGGAGAGCCUCCAUCAAGCCUAUUUAGAGAUUGCUUGCCAGUUGGGAAUCGAAAAAUUUGAUUCUAAAAAAAAGGAUGUGAAAACACUUGUCCAAAAGCAUCUGAGUCAGCCACAGAGAGGUCGAUGGCUCUUGAUCAUCGACAAUGCUGAUGAUAUAGAUAUGUGGACCGAGAGUGACUCCAAUUCGACCAAUUGCGGCCUUCGAGGUUUCCUACCAAAGAGUGAGCAAGGAGCUAUCUUCUUCACUACGAGAAGCAACCAGGUCGCUCAAUAUCUAGCCCCUGGUAAUACCAUCGAGAUCCCAGAAAUGGAUGAGACAAAAGCCUUGAAAGUUUUACGAAAUUCGCUUGUCAACAAGACCCUUCUCGAAGAUGAUCACAGCACGCGGAAACUCCUUGAACGACUGACAUUUCUGCCUUUGGCUGUUGUCCAAGCAGCCUCGUUCAUCAAUGAAAACCAAACAGAUAUUGCCAGCUAUGUCAGGCUACUCGAUGGACAGGGGCAAGAAGUCAUUGAUCUACUAAGCGAGGAGUUUGAGGACGAAGGCCGAUAUAAAAGUAUUCGCAACCCAGUCGCCACUACUUGGCUGACAUCCUUUGCGAAAAUACGGCAGACCAAACCGCUCGCUGCUGACUGCUUGGCAUUUAUGUCAUGUGUGAAUGCAAAGGAUAUUCCCACCUGCCUUUUACCCGCUCCAGAGGGUAUUGAACGGGAAAAGGCGAUUGGGGUUCUCAGCUCUUAUUCGUUCGUCCGCACGUCGAACGCUGGUACGCGACUCGAUAUGCAUCGGCUGGUCCAUCUCGCAACACGGAAAUGGCUUCGAUCGAUGGACUCUCUGCACAGAUGGCAGGCUCUCUCGCUAAGAAUAGUAAAUAGCCAAUUCCCACUUGUUGAUACUAUUCAGCGAAGUGAUUGGCGCGCAGCAGUACCUCACGCUCUUCACAUGCUUCAAUCGACGCAGCGUGAAUUUGAUACUGAAGACAGAGCUCAGUUGAUGCAUAUUAUUGGCUCCUGCCAUGCACUCGAUGGAAGAUACAGAGAAGCAGAAGAGAUGUUUUUACAGUCAGGGAAAUUAUUCGAGACGCUAUUUGGUGCUGCUGACUGCCGCACCCUCAAAAACCGCAGUUCCAUGGCAUACGCGUACCAGGGGAUGGACCAGCAGGAGAAAUCAAUCAAGCUAUUCGAGAACGUAUUAGGACAUCAUGAACGCGCUCGAGGCCUCGAUAAUCGAGACGCAGUGGACGUCAUGGGCAAGCUGGCUAGCUCAUAUCGGCUAUCUGGAGAUUUGCAGAGAGCAGAAGAGCUUUGCGAUAAAGUUGUCAGAUACAACCUUGAAACAUUGGGUGCCGAGUCGCAAAGCACUUUGGAUUCAAUUCUCAACAUGAUAUUGAUCUACUUCUCCCAGGGACGACUUUCAGACGCGGAAAAGUUGGCGCAACAGUCUUUGAUCAUUAUGAGAAGAUUCCUGGGACCAGAUCAUCCACACACAAUAUCUGCCACAACAAGCCUGGCAGACAUAUACAUGAAAAGCUGGAGGUUGAAAGAAGCCGAGGCAUUAUACCAGGAUGGCUUGGAGAGAGGCCGGCGCAUUAAUGGACCAAAUCAUCCAAGCACGACACGAGAUCUUCAUCAGCUGGCCUGGUUGGCGAAACUGCAAGGGAGACACGCUGAGGCUGUUUCUCUGAUGACGGAGUGCUCUCAGCUGGAAGUGCAGGCACUGGGCACGGAACAUUACCAAACUAUUCAGACUUUGCAGAUCCUCGAAGACUGGACAAGCACUAGAAAUCUCGCAAUGCGUCUCAGAUCUCGCUUCGGCACGAUGGAGCGGUCCGCAAUGAUGCUUGAACGACGCAAGAAUUAUCCUCGAGUGAAGGUCCUCGGUGGUCUGUAUACAGUCCGUCGACAGCCAAAGGACGAAUCGCUUGUUCGUGAGGUGAUCAAAGCUGUCAAUGAUGUUCCUGUGAGCAAGGACGUAUCAAGUGAUGAGGUGACUCGUGUUGAAAGCAGACAAAAAAGGAGCUGA